GUGGUUCACCUGCGGUGUUCGGCGGCCAUUGUGGCCCAGCGGGCAGCUUGGCCCGGGAGGACAUUGCGAUGACGCGGGAGAAAAGUCUGGCGCUGUUGAUCACGUUGGCGGCUGCGCUGGCGGCCGCAGAGUCGCCGCCAGGCCGAUGCCACUCGCCCAAGACAGUGGGGCCUUGUCGGGCAUCCUUCCAUCGGUGGUGGUACAAUGCCACAAGUCAGAUGUGCCAGGAAUUCAUUUUUGGAGGUUGCAAAGGCAAUGCCAACAACUUCGUCUCCAAACAGGACUGCUUCCAGACGUGUAUCAGAGGAGGGGCUGCAGAGGCAACAGUGGUACCUAGCGGGCCAGCCACUGAAGUGGCUACACCAAGAGCUGGACAUCUCCCAGAGGCCUAUGAAAACAGGCCUGGCUUCAGAGAAUUCUGUGCUGCGCCCCGGGUGGUAGGUCCCUGCCGGGCCUCCUUCCUCCGUUGGUACUUCGACCUAGAGAGCCGGAUGUGCAAGAUGUUCAUCUAUGGGGGCUGUCGUGGCAACAAGAACAACUAUCUCUUCGAAGAGCACUGCUGGAGCCAGUGCACAGGUGAUGGAGAGAUAACUGAGGAGCCAGGAGAUGCAGGCGCCCCCCCUCGCCUCCCCUCCGAACCCUUCAGCUUCUCCACCAGAGCUGUGGUCCUUGCCGUCCUUCUGGCCAUCCUGGUGACUAUCCUGCUGGGCUCGAUGGGGGUUUUCUUUGUUAAGAUCUGCCGGAAGAACCCGGAGUUGUCCGUGGGAGCCGUGUGGAGCACGAUGGAUGACAAAGAGUACCUGAUGAGCAAUGCCUACACCCUCUGAGCGAGGGAGCUGCCUCAGUGGGAGCCAAAGGAGCAUGUAAAUACCGCAGCAGGCGGCUGUGCCUUGCUGGGCUUUGAUAGGGAAGCAUCCCUUUUCCCUGGGAACGUCCCCCUUCUCUCCCCCGGCCUUGGUCACCCUUUCGGCUCAGCUGCUCCACAGGAGUCCAGAAGGAGCUGCGGGCACUGCCCUCCCCCCUUCAGACCCAGUGGCGACUCCUCCUCACUUGACCCACGGCCCCACCCUUACCUUCCCCCUGGGGAACGGGCUCUACGUAGCCAUGUCCCACUGGGGUCCUCCCAAUGCAUUGGAAGACUACCUGGGAAUGCCCAGCUGAAGCUGCCAGUGACUCCUCCGGUUGAGUCCCGCAGAGGCGGCUCUGGAGGGUGGGCCUGUGCCCUGCACACAUUAAUCCUGUUGGGGAAAGAAGGGGUGGCGAGGCUGUUGAAGCCACGUUUCUUCAGGAUGAAAAACAAAAACAAAAACUUUUGGGGUGUUGAUACCACUGUGCUUCUGUAGAAUUCCUCUGGUGCACCCAAGACCUAAAGGUACUGUCUUCCCUCUCAAGCUGGGCCGGGCCAUGCAUUUCCCAGUGGGGUGAGAGAACAGGCUGCCGUGCAGGGGUUCUGCACAGCUUUCACCAGGGCCCUGCAAAACCUCAUUUCCCUGGGGGACACCAGCAAGGAGUGAAGAGCCCCCAAUCUGGGAGCCAGGAAGGGAGAAAAGCAAGGUGUAAGGACCCUAGCGGCCCGUAUGUUGCUUUGUCUGGGCAGGGGGCCUUGGGCCCCCUUAGUUUAUUCCUCACUAUGCCUUAAGCUCAGCUCUUCUCCGGGACCUGUGGGGGCUGCCCAGUUUUUCUUGAGAUUAUCAGGCGCCGACAGCUGCAGCUGUUGAGGCUCUGCCAUUGGCUGGCAUGGACUAUUUUCCCCCAAGCCUCCCAGACGAGGCCACCUUUGGCUCCCAGGCCCACUGCAAACCUUCAUUUCUCUGAAUUGCACCGUGGGCUGUGGCUGCCAGCACUUCCACCACAUGGUUCCCUCCCUGCCGGGAAAGGCGCGGUUUUCAAAGAGUGGCCGCUGCGGAGGCAUCUCACUGAGCAAGCUUCUACAUAACCAGCUUUAAAUGGGUUUUUAUAUAUUUUUAAAAAAACAGAUCAAAACUUGAUUGUAUGAAAUCCUGAGGGACUCUUUUAAUUGUUUUUAAUAAUGAAUGAACUCUGAAUAAAAGAAUAACGGAA